UUCGAUUUAGCACAAUUUGGAGCAUGGACGUUCGGCCCUCCCCACGGAUUCGCCAGAAUCGUACGUUGGAACGUGGAGAAGCAUCCGGAACGAUUGCCCAGCGGUGAUGUUGAGGCGAUCUUCUCGAUCAUGGACAGUGAGUUCACCCGAUCUAUGUGGAACUACCCGUUCAAGUUGACGUACAGGCUGAUCCUCCGGGAGAAGGAGCUACACUUCAAUAUCGGUGUAUACAAUCCCAGCAAGGAUCACACGUUUAGCUUUAAUUUGUUACUGCACACGUACUUCAAAGUGCCAGACGUCAGGAGGUGCCAAAUUACCGGGCUCCACGGUUGUACAUUCAUCGAUAAGGUACGUACGAAUAGUUGCAGGCAAACUGCAAAUUUUCAUGCGGAAUAA